AUGAAUAGACGACCGAAACGCGGUCAGCGCCAGGACAUUGACAGUGAACCUCCAAUACGUCUACCUCGGAUGAACCUUGAUGAGCAGGGUGAAUUGGAGCAACCUGACACCAAUGUUAGUACCCCGGAAGAGACUGGUACCCCAACAAUAGAGACAACAGAGUCGUCAAUACCAAAGACCGGGUUCGUGACCCCAGACGGGCAUUAUGAAUUCUUACGGAUGCCGUUUGGACUCGCAAACGCACCGAGCGAAUUUCAACGUUUAAUGACGGAAGUAUUAGGAGACUACAUAAACACGAUUGCACAAGUUUAUAUUGAUGACAUUAUCAUACCUGCCAAAUCCUUUGACGAAGUGUUGCGUGUUUACAGUAAAUUGAACUUUUGUGUGUGUACAAUUGAAAUGCUUCCAACAAAGCGUAAGGUGCUCACUGUCGAAGAAAAGAUUUCUUUCAUCAAAUCAAUAGAAAAUGGCGAAAAACAAACAGAUGUUGUUCGACGUACGGGGAUUUCCCAGUCGACUGUGGCUACAAUUUGGAAGGAUAGGAAAAAGUGGCUUGAUGCGGGAAUAGAAAUGGGAACCAAGAAAAAGAUUCGUAAACCUCAGUAUGACGAUUUAGAUCGCGCUAUUCUACAGUGGUUUAAACAACAGCGUAACAACCACAUUCCACUGUCUGGACCUGUAAUCAAAGCAAAGGCGGAAUUUUAUGCUACGGAGCUUGGCAUCGCUAACUUUAAGGCAUCUGAAGGUUGGCUGAGUAAGUGGAAGCAGCGUCACAACAUAAAUUACGGGCAGAUUAGUGGAGAGGCUCGUGACGUCGACAAAAACAUUACAGACGACUGGCUGCAAAAAGUGUGGCCUGGUAUGACAGCUCGAUAUUCGCCAGAAGAUAUUUUUAACGCUGACGAAACUGGAUUAUUUUACAAGAUGACACCAAACAAAACAUUGAAAUUCAAGUCAGAAAAAUGUAUCGGAGGGAAAUUAUCAAAAGAAAGGAUCACAAUUUUGGUGGCAGCUAACAUGACAGGUUCAGUAAAAAGAAAACUUCUGGUGAUUGGCAAGUCUAAGAAUCCACGUUGCUUCAAAAAUGUUAAGCGUCUGCCUGUUAAUUACCAAGCAAAUAAGAGUGCUUGGAUGACGUCUCAAAUUUUUGAAGAAGAGAUUCGAAAAUGGGAUUGUGAGUUGAAGGGCAAGAAAAUUUUACUCUUGGUUGACAACUGCCCUGCUCACCCUGCAAUACCCAAUCUCCAGAACAUAGAACUUGGAUUUUUACCAGCCAACACAACAAGUAUCCAUCAGCCUAUGGACCAGAGUGUCAUAGAAAGUCUAAAAAGUCAUUACAGGCGAAGACUUCUAAUGGAACUGGUGGAGUCAAAUGGACAUUUUAGGCCAACUAUCCUAGAUGCUGUACAAAUUAUCAGCAGAGCAUGGGCUGAGGUGACAGAGAAGACAAUAAAGCACUCAUUCAGGCACGCAGGAUGGCUGGAAGACCCAGUACCAACAGAAGACGAAGACGACUUGUCUCUAGUUAUUUGGGCCCAACAGUUGGAACUUCCAACAACUUAUACGCCAGAGGAGUUACAGGAUUACGAAAACAUAGACGAGACAGUGGCUACAGCAGCAGGAGUUUCAGACGAGGACAUUCUGAAUGCUGUUCGUGUUGUUGUUGAUGACGAAGAUAGUGAGCAAGAGGAAAUCGAUCCAGAGCCGGAACCAGUCCCAACCCCUCUACAAGCCCUGGAGGCUGCUAAGGUGCUCCGCAAAUUCUUUGCUCACCAUGAAGAAGAGCCAACUGCGUCAGAGGAUGCUUCGCGUCUUGAAGAUAAAGUGAGGUCUAUGCUUUGGAAGACCAAAAAAAAGCAAACAACAUUGAAAGACUUCUUUAAUUAA